AUGAACCCACCCAAACGCCCAGCAGCACAGCUCCUCGCAUCCCUGGUCGAAACUCUCUCCCGGUCGACGACAGCUGCUCCUACACAACGUGGCAUCUUCCAAUGUCAUUCUGUCAGGCUUUCUAGACGUGGGAACCACGCCUCCUCCUGCCGCAUCGCGACGCCGCCUAUGAAAUGCCGAACCUUCACUACCUCGUCUCCUCUCCGCCAACAACAUAACAACCGCGUUUUCAACCCCUUCCGUACACCGUCGCAGUUUCACGACUCCUUACGUCUCUGCUCGGCCAACAACACGCUUCUGCUCGCCCUCUUCACCACGUCGACCUGCACGCCGUGUCGGGUGAUAACGCCAUUGCUCACGAGUCUCGUCGAGACGCGGCCGAGGGACGACCAGGCCGAUCGGUUCUCGGCGUUGGCAUUUGCAGAAGUCGAACUCGACAGCCCAGACAUGACCGAGGGGAGCAUGAUGGGCUUGGGCGUCGAGUGGGGCGUGACGAGUAUGCCCACUCUCAUGGGGUUUGGAGGGCGACGGGCGGAGAGAGUCACGGAUCGACUGACCGACACGAGAAUGUUGAGUGACACUAAGAGAAUGGCCGCGUGGGUGGACGAGCAGAUGCAGAAGGGGGAUCCGUCUGGAACGGGCGCUGGAGGUGGAGGAUUGUUGGGAAGGGUCUUUGGAGGAUGA